CUAAUUAUUAAUUUCAAAGUUUUGUCUCUCCUAUUAUCGAUGCUUUAGUAUUAUCCAUUAAAACACGGAUGAAACAUUUGAUAAAAUAUAUUAAUUCAAAUGGUUACAUCUUCGUUUUUGGACUUAUUGUGUACUUAAAGAUUUUUCUUUUAUUUUCAAAUAGUUUUAUUCGUAAACGUGCAAAUCCAUCUAAUAUCUGACAUUUUUCCCACCAAACAAACCUACUUAUUAGUUCCGCUAGCACACUCAAGAGCGCUUUUUUGCGGAACUUCAAAGAUUACACUUCGAACACGAAGCAGCGACGUCAUUGAUAAUAAACUCAUUUAACUUCCACCUAGCUACCGCUAUAGCAACAGGUUUUCCCAUUAUUAAAUCGAUAACAUCGGAACAACCACCCCGGGAGUGAACGGGGUGGCAAUGGCAGCUACUUGGCGCAUCAACAAUGCUACAUCUGCUAGUAUCCAUCCACUAUUGACGAGAGAGUGUUUCCUUUGGUACGCAGUAUUAGCGCAGUCAACGUCGUUACCACACCACACAGACUGCACUGCACAAAGUAGUUGUUACUAGAUCUAAGUUCUCUUAUGAAUAUUUAAUUUCCUCCGACAACGAUUGUCGAUUGUUUCCACGCUGUUUUUCUUCCAUCGGCGAGGAGCACAAAAGAACUAGAAUUGUUCCUCCAUUUUCCCACUAACUGUAAGUGGCUGCUAACUUAAUAAAGGCACAAACAUGGAUGAUUUAUUUGGGAAGAAAAAAGAAGUGGUUCCCAUCCUCGACCUCUCCCGGUCAACGGCCGCCAGCCGGGAGGAGUUCAAAAGAAUGUACGAAAAAGUUCCGGACUACAAAAUGCGUCCCGUAAAAGUCCGGUCCGAUGAAAUCCGCUUCAAGGACAAGGACUCGAGCUACAAAAUGCCAAAGAAGGAACUUAAAAUGCUGCUGAAAAACGGAGGAGAUCGGGACAAACUGUAUACUUAUAUGGACCCAAUACCUUCGGAAAUGAGGAAUCUGGUAAUAAUGGAGCUAUGUAGCGUAUCGAUUGAUUGGAAAAUGUUGACCCCUCAACGACCGAAAACCAAAAUUGAAGAGGAGUACUUUAGCAAGUUGGUUGAACUAGGAAAGCUGCAGAUAAAAACCGAACAGCGUGAUAAACGUGAGAAUCAACUGUCUUCUUCGAUCCGUAAAGUGAAAAACAAAUCCGGAAUCAUCGAGUCACGUAUUUUUACUUGCAACGAGUGUCUCGAGGAAUUUUGCAACGGCAAAGUCUGCUUGGAUUUCAACUAUGAUCUCUACACUCGGGUGGUUCCGAAGCCACCCAUCCAGAAAACCAACUCACAGCAGCAAAUUGCAACGACCAAAAUGCUGGCAGAUCUAAACCAGAAAAGUAUUGACAGUGGCAGUGGUAGUUCGAAGAAAGGACGUAAACCUGUCCGGAGAAAAUCAAAAUCCAAAUCCAAAUCUACCGAGGAGGACGAUGGCAAUCAAAGCGGUGGAGGUGGGGUUACCGGGGGAAAAAAGAAGAGCAAAAAAUCUAUUAGAAGUAAGAGCAAAGAUUAAGUGAAUUUACAUGAAACUCUUGAAUAUAACGAAAAGUAUCAAACCAUGUCAAGU